AUGUCGUCCAUCAGGGUCUUUAUGAUUGUAGAUUGGUCACGUGCUGUGUAUCGUGAUCUAUUUCCCCCCUCCUUCGCCGACGUCAGUCACGACUUCAGGUCAUUGACUUUUGGCGGCCCGCCCGAACCUACACAAAACUCAAUACAUUUUCCUCCCGGUACGUCGUUCACCUCUCCGCCAUCGCCUCCUUCUCCUCUGCCUCUGUCUCUCUCAGCCAAACCCGUUUGCCACGGCUCUGACAUGUCUCAGCAGAACCCCGCGAUUACCCCUCUUUCAUCCCAGAUUUCGCGGUACGCCGUCCCUCUCAUCUUCGCGCUCUCGUGGUUUAAGAUCAUGACGAGCCUGUCGCAGCGGCUCGGUCUUCCUCAGUACCCUCUCGGCCUGCCACUCGAUGCCCUUGAGCCACUCGUCCAGUCAGGGGAUGUCCGAGAUGCACUCUCGUAUUGUCUGCGUCUCAUCGCUAAAGAGGCACCAACGGAAUUUAAUAAUCAGGUAUACAAGACCUUACCCCAUUGGAUUGGCAAGUACCAUCCGCAAGAUUUUCUCGGGUUCAAAUUCAAUCUUUGGGACAUUCCUUCAAGGGAGGAUGUUGCCCAUGCAUUGGAUUUUUUAAAUAUUCACGAUUUUGUGUGGAAGCUCCCAGAACUUUGGGCUUAUCCCGACAAGUUCUACCGGGAACUUGGCGAUAUCCCCAUUGGGCCACGUCCAGAAGAUGCCGAAAGAUGUCAAUACGAUGCCGAAUAUGAGAAUCCCACGAGAUUGAUCGGUCAUUUUGAUUACCGCUAUCGCGAUACAAUAAGAUUCUCUGCCACCGCUACAGCAAUACGUUUCUUGAACAGGCUGCCCGUUGAGCAGCGAACACGGAUCCGUAGGAUCACAUUGCAUGAAGAUUCGCCAUCAGUCAACAUGCCGUCACUUCACGCCCGGGGCUUGGUCCCUUUAUACAAGGAAAACCCACUACUUCAGGUGGAGCGCCGUGUCAGUGUUUUCGGCUGCAUCCAUAGCUGCGCUGGAGCGGAAAAGGAAUGGAUGACUCGGGAUAAACCUAGAAGUCUUUAUGGGCCUACCUUCCUCCUGACUCUGGAGUCUUGGCUCAUUGACGCUCUUUCAAUGCGGGAUUUAGAUAUUCCCUCAGGUUCCUUCAUCUUUAAUUUGUGGGGUGGAUCUUAUGGCGAUCUCUGUACCGAGGUCUUCCAAGGGUGCAUUCACAUGGCCCUUGCGGAGGGCCCAGCAUUCGAUAAAUGCUGCGAAUUGGACCUCUUCAGCUCGACUACAAAUCAGUUGUCCGCCACACCAGACAAGUUCUUCCUUGACCCCAGAUUCAGGGAGGCGGUCAAGCACUUGGUUAAUAAGACGUCGAUUUUGCGUUCGGAUUUUCACCCUGGGGUCCCGGUAGACCCCAACGUAUUGGUGGAGGAAACUAAAGGGAUGGAUGAUGUGGGACGCCGUAUCUCCAGAUGGGACUAUCACGGAAGAAGUUUUGGCUGCAAAAUUCCCGCUGAUCUAUACUACGAUUUUAUUCUACCUCCUCAGUUCGAAUUCCAGACCAGGGAGCAGUAUAUCGAGUCACGGGGAGGAAGGGUCACGGGACAAGACUCGUAA